UGCAGUCUGCAAGUCUACUCUUACAGCAGUUCGCCAUUGUACAGUUUCUGGUAAAAAGAACUUAGCUAUAGCUACGCUGUCGCCUUUUCAGAUCCGUUAAGUGAUUCAAAGGACCACAGAAGGAUGGCAGAGGCGAUGUCAAAUAACCUGGAGCUUUUAACGUGCCCGAUUUGUUUGGAUCUUAUGAAAGAUCCUGUGACUCUUCACUGUGGACACAGUUACUGUAUGGGCUGCAUUAAGGGCUGCUGGGACCAGGAAGACCAUAAGGGUGUUUACAGCUGUCCCCAGUGCAGACAGACGUUCUCUCCAAGACCUGUUUUAAAGAAAAAUAACAUUGUUGCUGAACUUGUGGCGCAGAUAAGGAAGACCAGAAACCAACGACCUAGUUCCUCACUUGCUCGCCGCUUUGCUGGACCUGGGGAUGUGGAGUGUGACGUCUGCACUGGAAGAAAACUCAAAGCUCAGAAGUCUUGUCUGGAGUGUCUGGUGUCUUACUGUGAAACUCACUAUAAAGUUCACAAUGAAGUUAACCCAGGAAGAAAACACGUAGUGAUUGAUGCCACUGGCCAGUUACAAGAGAGGAUCUGUUCUCAACAUAAGAAAGUUUUGGAAAUAUUUUGUCGCACUGACCAGAGCUGUAUCUGCUAUCUGUGCAUGAUGGACAGUCAUAAAGGCCACGAGACAGUCACAGUUGCAGCAGAAAGAACUGAAAAACAGAAGCAGUGGAGACAGAGACAAAAGAGAUGUCAGCAGAGAAUCCAGGAGAGAGAGAAGGAGCUGCUGGAGGCGAGGAAGGCUGUGGACUCUCUCAAGAGUUCUGCACAGACAGCAGUAGACGACAGUGAGAGGACCUUUACUGAGAUGAUCCGCACCAUUGAGAAAAGACGCUCUGAGGUAAAAGAGCUGAUCAGAGCUCAGGAGAAAGCCGAGGUGAGUCGGGCUGAAGGACACCUGAAGCAACUGGAGCAGGAGAUUGCAGGGCUGAAGAGGAGAGAAACUGAGCUGGAUAAACUUUCACACACUGAGGAUCACAUCCAUUUCCUCAAGACUCUCCAGUCUACAGUCAGUAGCCCAACUCGAUCUGAAGACCUAUCAAGCGUCAUUAUCAACCAAAGUCUCUCUUUUGAGGCUGUGAAGAAAUCAGUGGCCACACUGAAGGGGCAACUGGAGGAUAUCUGCAAGGAGGAAGUCAUGAAGAUAUCUGCAGCUGUGACUGAAGUCCAUUUGACUGAACCGGUGACCAGAGACGAUUACCUAAAAUAUUCCUGCCACUUUAAGCUGGAUCCAAACACAGCACACAGAAACCUCCAUCUGUCUGAGGGGAACAGGAGUGUGGAAUGGAGAGUUCAGCCCCAGUCAUAUCCAGAUCAUCCAGCGAGAUUCGAUCCGUGGUGGCAGGUGUUGUGUAGAGAGGGUGUGUCUGGACGCUGCUACUGGGAGGUUGAGUUGAUUAGAAAGUGGGGGGGUUGUGUAGCCGUGUCGUAUAAAAGCAUCAACAGAAAAGGGAGGGAUAACGGGUGCAAGUUUGGACGCAAUGACCAGUCCUGGAGGCUGGACCUGUUCAGCUGUAGCUCCUCUUUCUGGCACGAUAACAAAAAGACUGAACUCCCUCUGGUGCGUCACUCCAGAAUAGGAGUGUAUGUAGAUCACAGAGCAGGGACUCUGGCGUUCUACAGCGUCUCUGACACAAUGACCCUCCUGCACAGAGUCCAGACCACAUUCACUCACACACUCUACCCUGGGUUUUGUAUGUUUAAUGGGUCAUCAGUGAAGCUUCUGUGAUUCACAUAUAGGCUAUAUCUAUAUAUCUAUAUGUACAGUAUAUCUAUAUAUGCAUACAUACAUAUAUAUAUAUAUAUAUAUAUAUAUAUAUAUAUAUAGAGAGAGAGAGAGAGAGAGAGAGAGAGACAGAAAGAUUAUAUCCUCUCUGGUGCUAAGCAGUCAUUACAGCAUCUGGGCCUCUGCUGUAACCCAUAUCACUGUUGUGUGAGAAAUGUCUUUGAUGAGCCCAGUGUUGUGUAACCUUUGUGCAUUUCACAUAUUCCCUUCCGCCUCCUUUCCUUCCCUCUCACUUCAAGGGCUUCAGUUUAGCAGGCUACACAACACAAGUACUGAAACGCAUGCAGUCAUAUAAAUGGGAGUAGCUUAAAUCUUUUUGAGACUGGAACCAAUUUUAAACGAAAAAAAUUAAACAUGCUAUUUUUGUUGUUUACCGAUGGUUACAUGGUUGAAUGCAUGUAAAAAAAAAAAAAGGAUUUGUAUGCAAAAUUUUGGAUUGGUAUAUGGAUGCAUGUUAUACCUUUGUCAAAGUAGGCUACAGUAGAUACUUGAUCCUCUGUUGAAGUUAAUAGAUAUAGAAUACAUCUAAAAGAGAAAUGUUGAAAACAUUUAAAAAGGUAAAACCACAUAACGAGAGCACAAUAAAAUUAAGUUUCUGUCUAACUGUGGCCUAGUUA